CUCCGGGUGGCCUUGGCCAUGAAGCCGCAGCCGCCGGGCUAGGCCCCGGGUGGCUCUAGCCCAGGGCUGCCCGCGGAGGGCUGGGCCCGGCCGGCUCGGGCUCCGGUCACCCGGCCAGCGGGCGGCCGCCCACCAUGCCCGGCAAGCACCAGCACUUCCAGGAACCCGAAGUCGGCUGCUGCGGGAAAUACUUCCUGUUCGGCUUCAACAUUGUCUUCUGGGUGUUAGGAGCCUUGUUCCUGGCCAUCGGCCUCUGGGCCUGGGGUGAGAAGGGCGUUCUCUCCAACAUCUCAGCGCUGACAGAUCUGGGAGGCCUUGAUCCCGUGUGGCUGUUUGUAGUGGUUGGAGGCAUCAUGUCAGUGCUGGGUUUUGCUGGCUGCAUCGGGGCCCUCCGGGAGAACACCUUCCUGCUCAAGUUUUUCUCAGUGUUCCUCGGCCUCAUCUUCUUCCUGGAGCUCGCGACAGGGAUCCUGGUCUUCGUCUUCAAGGACUGGAUACGAGACCAGCUCAACCUCUUCAUCAACAACAACGUCAAGGCCUAUCGGGAUGACAUUGACCUCCAGAACCUCAUUGACUUUGCUCAGGAAUAUUGGUCUUGCUGUGGAGCCCGAGGGCCCAACGACUGGAACCUCAAUAUCUAUUUCAACUGCACUGACUUGAACCCGAGCCGGGAGCGCUGCGGGGUGCCCUUCUCCUGCUGCGUUAGGGACCCUGCGGAAGAUGUUCUCAACACCCAGUGUGGCUAUGAUGUCCGGCUCAAACUGGAGCUGGAGCAGCAGGGCUCCAUCCACACUAAAGGCUGUGUGGGCCAGUUUGAGAAGUGGCUGCAGGACAACCUGAUCGUCGUGGCCGGGGUCUUUGUGGGCAUCGCCCUCCUCCAGAUCUUUGGCAUCUGCCUGGCCCAGAACCUCGUAAGCGACAUCAGGGCAGUGAAGGCCAACUGCUUCAGAGCUCUCUACUAGCUGUGACCUUGACCGUUCCAGGAUCCCACUUCAGCCUCAGUGUCUCAGACUCGAAAAUGAGUCCAAGAAUUUUCUCUCCCUUGCUUGCCUCUCAGGAUCAAACAUGAUGAUGGCUACAAACUACUCAAAUAAACAAAACCUUGAAAACCA